AUGGCAUCUAAUUCUGCUCCAUUUGAAACAGUAAAUGAGAGCGUUUCAAAGACAUGGAAACUACGUUCACUAUAUCUCCUUGUCUUUGCAUUGAUUACUGUUACUGUCGUCUACCCUUACUUAAAGAAGGUUCAUAAUCCUUACAUAUUUUCAAAUUCUGCUGUUGUAGAAACAAAUGGCAUACUACGCUAUAUGAAAACAAAAUUAAGUGCAACCAGUUUAGAAUAUUUUGACGACAUAAAUAGUGUCCCUGGAACAACUGGGCCAGGAAUUCCAAAAGCAAUACGCUCUUCUUUAUUAAACAAAUAUGGAGGUGUAGAUACUUAUACUACUAUGUCUUAUGGUGCUGCAACAGGUACUUGA